AUGUUGCCGACGUUUCUCUUUGUUUUUGUUCUUCUAUCCUCAUCAAGUACCUUACGAUUGGAUGAAUUCUUUCCAUUUGGCCCUGAAGUAGGUGAUUCAACUAUGCGACCAAAUGAUGAUGAGAGUGAAGGUCCCCUUCAACUGACAUAUGUAUUCCCUUAUUUUGAUAAUAACCAUCGUCAAAUUUGGAUCGCCAAUAAUGGUUUAUUCUCUUUUCUUUCACCAAUCAGUCAAUUUGUACCCGAUCCAUUUCCUUUAGCUAACGAUAGUCGUCUAGUGGCUGGAUUUUGGUCUGAUAUUGAUACUCGAGGUGUACUUAAUGAUACUGGAAACAAAGUCUACUAUAAAGUUUAUGAUAGUACAGGAGUUUCGAACUUUACACUAGCAGUAUUUAAUAAAACAAAAAAUUAUGUGCGAACUUUUUUUCUUCAACAACAUCUUUUCGAGCCUACAAUGGUUAUUACUGCCACAUGGUAUCGUGUGGGCGCUUUCUCAAGUCAAACUAGUGCACUUAACACAUUUCAAAUUGUAUUAUCAACAGAUGGAGAUCGUAGUUUUGUCUUUUUUCUUUAUCAUGAUAUUCAAUGGACGCAACCUUCGAAUGAUUCGAAUAGGUAUGCUCAAGCAGGCUUCAAUGCUGGUGAUGGAAUUGCUUUUGAAAUGCUUCCACAUUCACGUACACAAGAAAUCAUCCGAUUGGUAAAUGAAAGCAACGUUAAUAUCCCUGGUUUAUUUGCCUUUCGUGUUGAUACUGAUAAAAUUAAUGCCGGUGGAUGUACUCCUAAUGCAUCAAUGAUUUCCUUUCGCCCUCGCAUUAGUUCGCAACUUGGCUCAACAGCUCUCAAUAUUUAUGGUCCAUGUUUUAAGAAUGAAACAAAAGUUAAAUGUCAUUUUGACUCUUCGUUACAAAAUAUCGAUGGUAUCAUUAUCGAUGAGUUUCGAGCUAUUUGUCUUACACCAUUUGCAUCUGUGCAUGGACCAGUGUCAGUAGAAGUAUCCAUUGACAAUGGAGAGACAUUCAUUUCCGCUGGUACUUUUACUUUUGCUCCGUUACAAUACGGUUCUGAUGAAGUAAUUAUUGAAACUGAAGACGGAGACAACUUACUUAGUGUCGAGCAGUAUAUUAAACUCCAAUGGCAUUUUUCUGAAAUGGUGAGAAAUACGUUUCCUAAUGAUACAAAAAUUGACAUUGAAUUAUGGAAAGUAAGUCUCAAUCAUCAAUCACAAUUGCAAAAAGAUAAUACACCUAUAAUGCUUGUACAAAAUUUGAAUCUUACUAAAUCGAUUCGUAUUCAACUACCUUCGAGUAUUUUUGCUCUUUCGACAUGUUUUAUUCGAGUCGUUGCUCACUUCAAUGCUCAAAUAUAUGCUGGAUUAAAUACAGGUUUACUAAUCGUUAGGAGUCAUCCAUCAUUAGCUCCCGAACUAUGUCAAACAUGGGCCGUACAACAACCUGAACCAUCAAUAUGGAACAACGACAGUCUUCUUUCAUGUCCAAUGACACGUUGGCAAGCGAUAGCAGCUGGUCGUUGUUGUUAUCAACCCGAUCGACAAUGUUAUAAAGGUAGUACGAAUCAGAACAAUUGCUGGCUUCAUCAAGCUCGUCCAGGACGAGAUGAACCAUCAGCUGUCGAAUGCUAUGUAUCAAUAACUUCAAAUUCUCAUGGCGCCGGAGCAGAAUGUUGUUAUGAUGAUAAUGGAACAAUUAUUACACGUGGUACAGGUGCAGGAACUGAUAAUCGAUAUCAACAAACAAAAUUUCCUGUUCAACAUUUUUUUCAUGAUACUGUACCCUACUUACAAUGUUGUAUGAUGAGCACAUAUACGGAAGCAUGUAAUAAAUAUAUGUAUUAUCGACCACCACGAAGAGGUUCUAAUACGAUGGGUAGUAAUGGUCAAAUGUGGGGUGAUCCACAUUUCGGAACACUCGAUGGAACCUCAUAUAUUUUCAAUGGUUAUGGAGAAUAUACUUAUCUAGCCAUUAAUAAUAAUACUUCACCAUCCAAUGCCUUCAAUGCUAGUGAUCAAACUUAUAUAUUUAUGUCACAAAUUCGAACUAUUCCAAUAUCGUUCAGUAAUGUUACUGUCACAAAAGGUUUUGCUGCUCGAUCUAACAAUGUCGAAAAUCAAUCUGUAAGCAUAACUAUUUCACGUCGUGAGCAUCUUGUUUUACGUCGUGGAAAUGAAAUUCUUGAAUUCGAAGAUAAUAUUAAUACACUUUUCUUUCCUGAAAUGACUAUUAGUCGACUUGAUGGUAAUAAUAAUAGUCACUUCUCUCUUUCAUGGACUAUUGGUGUGACUAUUGAAAUAAAUGUAAUUAAAAUGAUGUCACCAUCACAACAACUGGUGCUUAAUAUAGCUGCAUCAGUGGCUGGAAUUUUUCGUGGAAAAACAUAUGGACUAUUAGGUACUUAUGAUGGAAUAGAGAAUAAUGAUUUACGAAGUAAAAAUGGAUGCAUCAUAAACAGCAAUGCUUCACUUGAACAAAUUCAUAAUGAUUUUGGUGUUACUUGGUCUAUUGAUCCAUCAUCGUCGUUGUUUUAUUAUGAAUCACAUCAAUCUGCCAAAUUUUUCGAAGAAAAAAAUCGUGAAUUUGUUCCAUCAUUUAUUGAUCCCAUAAAAAACGACAAUUCCUUAAUUCGCUCUAAUUGA